GGAGGCCGUACCAAGCACGGUAUAAAAGUCCCCACCUUCCCAGAUUCCACAAUCCACACCUUCGUUGAAUCUUGUUGAAGAUCAGGCUCUUCAAAUCACCCAAGAUGUCUUUCAGUGACCAACAGUGCAAGCAACCAUGUGUGCCACCUCCAUGUCUUCAAAAGAGCCAAGAAAAGUGCCAGGCACAAGCUGAGGAAGUGUGUGUUCAGGACCCCAGCCAAGACAAAUGUUCACUCCAAGCUCAGGAGGUCUGUGAUCCUCAGUGUCAGGAGAUAAGCCAAGGAAACUGCCCACAGCAAGGCCAAGAUCCAUGCCUACCUCCAAGCCAAGAUCAGUGCCUGCCUCAGCGUGCGGAGUCAUGCCAGGAGCUAGCCCAAACCAAAUGUGUGGAGGAGUUCCCGCAGAAGGCCCAGGAGCAGGCUUCAUCCCAGGGCAAGGGAAAGUAG